CACCAUCACAGAUAGGUGCGCCCUCAUUGGCUUGCUGCCCACGGCUCUCCUCGCAUUGUCCCAUCUCAAGGAUCUGGAACUGGAUCAUUGCAACCAACUCCCUCGCUCGCUCCCGGAUACCCUAGGCAGGCUGACCUCUCCCAUGAGCCU